AUGACAUUUGCUCUCGUACAGUCGAUAGAAGUUUCAGGUUCGAUUAUCAAGCCGAAAAUAUUCUUGUAUGUAAUUUCGAAAUUACAUGUAGGCAGGUAUAUCACGACUUUUCCGCAACGGGGUACACCAAAGAAAUAUUAA